UCAUUAUCAUCAUUCAUAUUAAUAUUCGAUAAUUAAUUGAAUUAAUCAAAGUACAACAGAAUAUAAUUCCAUCUAUAUACUGUUCAUCAUCAUUAUUAUAAUCAUCAAAGAUGAAGGAUUCUAAUAAAUCAUCAGCAUCUUUAGGACAAAUCUUAAAAUAUGUUAAAUAUAUGGAUUAUUUACUCAUAUUAAUCGGUUCAUUUGGAUCAUUUCUAUGUUCAUUAACAUGGCCUGGUUUAACAAUUACAUUCGGUAAAACGGUCGAUAUUUUUGUCAAUUAUGAAUAUUGGUAUCAUAAUGAUCGUGUGAUGAAUAAAAAUGAAACAUAUAUUGAACAACGACAACAAGAAUAUAUGAAUGAAGUAUGGAAAUAUUCUGGUUUGACCGGUGCCGUAUGUAUAAUGUAUAUUGUUGGUAAUUUUAUAUCGAUAUAUUCAUUUCAAAUACUUUCAUUGCGUUUAACACGUAAUGUGAAACGAUUAUAUUUUCAAUCAAUUCUGAAACAAGAAAUUGCAUGGUUUGAUUGUCAAAAAUCCGGUGAAUUUGCAUCAACAAUAUCCAAUGAUUUUAAAAAAUUUGAACAAGCAUUCAAUGAAAAUCUAGCACUUUUAAUCUAUCAAUCAUUCUCCAGUGUAUGUCAUUUAAUAUUGGGAAUUUAUUAUGGAUGGAAAUUAUCAUUGGUCAUCAUGUCUGUAGCUCCAAUCAUGAUCAUUUCAUCGAUCACAAUGACAAAGUUUCAAACAUAUUUUGCACAAAAAGAGUUACAAGCACAUUCUGCAGCCAGUUCAGUAGCUGAAGAAGCAAUUUCAGCCAUACGAACAGUGUUUGCAUUCGGUGGACAGGAGAAAGAACGACAACGUUAUGAAUCAAUGCUAAAACCGGGUAUGAUAUUGGCUUGUAAAAGAAAUUUUGUUACCGGUUUAGGUAUGGCAUUACAUUGGACAAUAAUCUAUAUUGCACUUGGUUUGGGUAUAUGGUAUGGUGUACGUUUAAUCAUUAGUGUUGAUGAUAUUUAUACGAUCGGUGAUGUUGUCAUUGUAUUCUGGGGCGUGACUGGAUGUGCCUUUUCUAUUGGUUAUGCUGCACCAUUUUAUGAAUCAUUUCAAAUUGGUAAAACAUCAGCAAAAAAUAUAUUCGAUGUUAUUGAACGACGAUCAGAAAUUGAUACAUCAAAAAAUUUUGUUGGAAAAAAAUUGCCAAAAGAUUAUAAAACCGAUAUUGAAUUUCGUAACGUACAUUUUAGCUAUCCAUUACGUCCGAGUGUGAAAAUUCUUAAUGGUUUAAAUUUAAAAAUUAAUUCCGGUGAAAUUGUUGCAUUUGUUGGAACCUCUGGUUGUGGAAAGUCGACAACCAUACAGCUUAUACAACGUUUCUAUGAUGUUAAAGAUGGUGUGGUUAUGUUGGAUAAUCAUGAUAUUCGCCAUUUAAAUGUUGGUUGGUUACGUGCACAAUUAGGUGUCGUUGGACAGGAACCAGUAUUGUUUGAUACAUCAAUUGAAGAAAAUAUUCGUAUGGGUAUGCCAAUCGAUCAGAUGGACAAUGUAACCAUUGAAGAUAUUGAACAAGCUGCAAUAGCAGCUAAUGCACACGAAUUUAUCAGUAAAUUACCGGACAAAUAUAAAACAUAUGUUGGUGAUCGUGGUACCCAACUAUCUGGUGGUCAAAAACAACGCAUCGCUAUUGCACGGGCAUUAAUUUCUCGUCCGAAAAUUCUUCUAUUGGAUGAAGCAACAUCGGCAUUGGAUUUACAAAGUGAACAUAUUGUACAGGCUGCCCUUGAUCGUGCAAGCCAGAACCGCACGACGAUCAUUAUAGCCCAUCGAUUAUCAACAAUUAUCAAUGCUAAUCGUAUAUUCUACAUUGAUAAAGGACAAGUUGUCGAACAAGGUACACAUCAAUCAUUGAUGGAAUUGGAAGGAAAAUAUUAUUCACUUGUACAAGCACAACAGAUACAACAACAAACAAUGAAUGAAACGAAAAAACUUAAAACAAUUGAACAAUUACAAAAUUCUGAUAUAGUAAUAACGAAACGUCGAUUAAGUAAACGAUUUUCCAGUGAAAUAUCUCUUGGUAAAGGUCAAUCGGUUACACCAAUCGAUGAUGAUGAUGAUCCAAUUGUUAAUCAAGAAGAUUUUAAAAAAUUGAAAAAAUUCUCACAUAUGCGUCUAUUACGAUUGAUAUGGUUGGAUAAAACAUUUUUCACUAUUGCAUUCAUAACGGCAUUGAUUUAUGGUACAUCAACACCGGUUUAUGCAUUAAUAUUCGGCGAAUUUGUAGCGAUUUUUGCCGAAAGUAAAGAUGAUGAUUUUCUAAUGACACAAACACUUUAUUAUACAUAUGCAUUCAUUGGCCUGGCUAUCGGUAUAUUUAUCUGUUGUACUACACAGAUUACAUUAUUCGGUAUUGUUGGCGAAAAACUUACCAAUCGUCUUCGUAAGAUGGCAUAUUCAGCCAUUUUAGAUCAAGAGGUUGCCUAUUUUGAUGAACAAAAUAAUAGUGCCGGUGCAUUAUGCGCCCGAUUAGGUAAUGAUGCUGCCAAUGUUCAAGGGGCCACCGGUUUACGUAUAUCAAUGAUGUGUCAGGCAAUAUCAACAGUCAUAUUUUCCAUUGCAAUGGGUUUCUAUUUUAAUUGGCGUCUAUCAUUAGUAUCAUUAGCAUUAAUGCCAAUUGUUGCAUUUGCAUCGGUGGUUAGUUCAUCAAUUUAUUCACAACAGGCAACAAAAGAUGGUGUUACGGCAGAAAAAUCCAGUAAAACAGCAAUUGAAGUAAUGAAUUCAAUACGUACGGUUGUAUCACUGCAUAAAGAAGAUUAUUUCUACGAUAUUUUCGAUCAUACAUUGACCGAAAGUUAUAUAAAUGCUCGAAUGAAAUGUCUUUACAAAUCAGUUGUUAUUGCAUUUGCAAUGGGUGCACCAUUUUUUGCUUAUACAGUUAAUUUUGCUUACGGUGGCUAUCUAAUACGUGAUGGUCUACUUGCAUCUGGUGAUUUUUUCAAAAUUGCCGAAUCCGUUAUAUUCGGUGCAAUGGUUGUUGGACAAUCGGCCGUAUUAUCAUCAGAUUUUGCUAAAGCAAAAUUAGCCGCUAUGAAUAUAUUCAAUUUGAUCGAUUCAACACCAUCAUUAAUGGACGUGAAUAAUAAUAAUAAUAAUAAUAAUAACGGCAUUAUCAAUAAUAAUCGAAAGAAUCAUAAUGAAAUUUAUACGAACAUCAAUGGUGAUAGUAGUGAUAAAAAUUUCCAGCUAAUAAGAAUGUCAACAAAUGGAUCAAAAAAACAGUUAAUCAAUCAAAAACUAAUGGAACGAUCCAAAGGAAAUAUUUUAUUCCGUGGUGUACAUUUUAGCUAUCCAUCUAGGCCAAAUUCACAAAUACUUAAUGGUCUUUCCUUCAAAGCUAUGCAAGGACAAACAGUCGCAUUGGUUGGUUCCAGUGGUUGCGGAAAGUCAACAUCCAUACAAUUAUUGGAACGUUUUUAUGAUUGUAAUACCGGUCGUGUGUUGUUAGAUGAUAAAAAUAUCAAUGAAAUCGAUAUCGAUUGGUUACGAUCACAGAUAUCAUUAGUACAACAGGAACCAAUCUUGUUUAGUUAUUCCAUUCGUGAUAAUAUUGCCUAUGGUGAUAAUAGCCGUUCGGUAACGGAUGAAGAAAUUUAUCGUGUAGCCAAAAUGGCCAAUGUACAUGAUUUUAUUAAUCAAUUACCACAAGGAUAUCAGACACCAGUAGGUUCAAAAGGUGGUACACAACUAUCCGGUGGCCAAAAACAACGUAUCGCUAUUGCACGAGCAUUGAUUCGUGAUCCACCAAUAUUAUUAUUGGAUGAAGCAACAUCAGCAUUGGAUACAGAAUCCGAACAAAUCGUACAACAAGCAUUGGAUGAGGCAUCAAAAGAUCGUACUUGUUUAGUUAUAGCACAUCGUUUAAAAACAAUUGUCAAUUCGGAUAAAAUUAUUGUCAUUGAUCGUGGCCAAAAUGUUGAAGAAGGUACACAUGAAGAAUUAUUAUCACGACAAGGACAUUAUUGGCGUCUAUAUAAUCAAACACCAUGAGAAUUUUUCAAUAUUGAUUGAUUGAUUGAUUGGAAAAUUUUUUUUUUUUUUUUUGGUAAAUUAAUAAUUGAAAUAUGUAUACAAGUAAGAUUUUCUGAGAUAAAAUUUUCAUUUUUUUUUAAAUUUUAAUUUUUUAAAUAAUAAUUAUAAUUAAUAAUAAUCAUCAUAUAUAAUGUAUGUAUGUAUGUAUAAGAAGCGAGAGCGAAUGUUUUUUGUGGAUUAUUAUUGUUAAUUUUAUUUUUCAUUUUCAUUGUAUUUUUUCUGUUGUUGUUGUUGUUGUUGUUGUUUUUGAGUUGUUGUUGUUGUUGUCGUUGUUAUUGUUCAUUUAUGAUGAUGUGACAAUAAUGGCCAAUAAUGUUUCAUGAGAAAGAAAGAGAGAGAGAAGGAAAAAAAUUUGAAAAUUUGUUUUGAACAAACAAACAAAUCAACAAAUCAA